GAAAAAAAAAAAAAAAAAAAAAAUCAAGAGUUCGAAUCGGGGUCGAUCGAUCGAGAGUCGGCUCCUUCGUCUCCACUCAGAAAUUUACCCCCUUUUGCACCUCUUUUACUCUCCAAUUUCAGCUCGAAAUCGCGAGGUAGGGCUGGCGCUGGAUAGCCGUGCGCAGUCUAGCCGCCAGUCCGGCGCUGCUCCGUCAGCCGCCGCUUCCAAACCCUCCUCCGCCGCCGGCGUCUUCUUCCCAGCCGAUGGCUGGAGCCCGGCCCCACCUGUGAGCUCCAUGUCAGGAGGCAGCGGAGGCCCCUCCGGUCCCGGGGACAUGAACCGGGGCGGCGGGGUCCUCAACAGCACGGCCAACUCCUCUGGGCCCAGCAUCGGCGCCAGCUCCUUGGUCACGGACGCCAACUCCGCACUUUCCGGCGGCGUGGGGGGCCCCCACCUGCAACGGAGCGCCAGCAUCAACACGGACCCCUACAUGCGCCUCCCGGCCUCCCCCAUGUCCUUCUCCUCCAACAACAUAUCGGGCUCCUCGGUCAUGGAUGGCUCCUCCAUCGUGCAGCAGAGCCCUCACCACGAGCAGCUACAGAACCAAGGAGCGUCCAGUGUUACGUCUAACCCUAAAGACAUGCAUGCUCACAAGAAGCAGAGGGUGAUGGAAGUGAAGCAGGAGGAUAUUCUGCAGCAGCAGGUGAUGCAGAAGCUGCUUCAGAGGCAGCAGGACCCGCUGCAGAUGCAGGGUAUUCAGAACCCUCAGCUGCAUUCUAUGAUCUCGCAGCAUAGACUAGCUCAAAGGCAGCUGCAGCAGCCGCAGAUGUUUCCGCAGAUGCAGUGCUCGCCGAUUGCCCAACAACAGAUGAGGCAGCAACUGCUGCCUCACAUCAUGCAGUCGGUCAGCCCUGUAAAACGCCCGGUUAACGGUGGGAUCUGCGCUCGCCGGAUCAUGCAGUACUUGUAUCACCAGCGGCAUCGGCCACAGGACAAUAAAAUGUCUUACUGGAGAAAGUUUGUUGAAGAGUAUUUUGCUCCACGAGGAAGAAAAAGGUGGUGCUUGUCUUUGUACGAUAAUAUGGGCAACCAAGCCCUGGGUGCCUUCCCACAAACAUCUGUUGAUGCUUGGCAUUGUGGCAUUUGUGGUUCUAGAUCAGGAAAAGGAUUUGAGGCUACCUGUGAAACACUUCCUCGGCUUUUUCAAAUUAAAUUUGAUCAUGACGUUAUUGAUGAACAUUUAUUCCUCGACAUGCCAAAUGAAUACAUGUUGUCCGGGUUGCUAGUGUUGGAGUAUGCAAAAGCUGUUCAAGAGAGCAUUCAUGAACACCUACAUGUUGUUCGUGAGGGACAACUUCGAAUUACAUUCACGCCAGAAUUGAAGAUAUUGUCCUGGGAAUUCUGUGUACGACGCCAUGAAGAGUUCCUCUCUCGGAGGUUUAUAGCUCCUCAGGUGAACCAGCUCUUGCAAGUUAGCCAGAAAUAUCAAAAUGCUGUCAAAGAUAGUGGAUCAGCUGGAAUCUCACCGCAAGAUUUGCAAGCCAGCUGUAACAUGUUUGUAGCUGCAGGUCGUCAACUUGCUAAAAGUCUCGAACUCCAGUCACUGAAUGAUUUAGGUUUUUCUAAACGAUAUGUACGGUGCUUGCAGAUAGCGGAGGUGGUAAAUGGCAUGAAAGACCUGAUUGAUUUUGGCCAGGAGCACAAGAUUGGACCCAUAGCUCGUCAUCUUGGAGGGAUAGAGGUAUCAAGAAUUAUACUGUCCUCUGCAAAUGAGAGCUUGAAGAGCUACACAGCGCAGGCCGCUGCGAAGCUCCAGGCCCAAAAGUUACAGGCAGCAGAGCAGCUGAGGACUCCUAACGGCCUUUCCGCCGACCCGAGCACCCUUAGUAAACUCAUGAGCAUUCACCAUCAUCCAGGAAUGUGCGCACAUAUCAUCAAUGGCAACCUCACAAACACUCAACUCAACAGUAACAACAACACACUGGAACGAACUGCGAUGAUGAACAAUAGCUAUCAGAACUUACUGAGAAACUCUAUGAGCAAAAACCAGAACCUACUUCAUCAGGAACUGCCCAACGGCUUCAAUGGGCCUAUUAACCAAUCACAGCCUGUGAGCCACUACCGCACCUCUGUCUCUCCCGUCUUGUCAAAUAACUUAUUCGGUCAGUUUCCACAGCAGCCUCCUAUGAACAGUGGUAACUUGCCGCAGAACAAUAAUAACAUGCAGCAGCAAGUGAUUCAGCAGAUGCUGCAAGAUGGUAUGAAUAAGAACCGGCCAGAAAUGCAGCAGCCUCCCGCCACCUCUGUUCACAACAAUAACGGACCGGUGAAUGCCGGGCCGGCAAAAAGCACCACGGAGUCGGGGAAUGCUCCGAGCAACAUAAGCAACAGCGCUGUCGGUGCAGGACCUACCAGGAGCAACAGUUUCAAAUCUGCCCCCACAGAGACCGCUGUCGCGGGAAGCAGUGUUAGCUCGAGACUCGAAUUGCCCCAGAAUGUGGAUCUAGCGGAGCUGGAUCAGAUUGUGCGGGAGUUUGGAGAAGGCGGGAUGUUUAGCGGCGACAUAGCUGACUUUGGGUUCGAUUGGAAAGUUUGAAAGGUUUUAUGUAGUUUGGUUUGAGGCUUGGUAAAGAAAAUAUUUGUAUAGAAUAGCUACUAUUUGUACCAGUGGAUCUGAUCUGAUUUGUCUAUUGUAUGGCAAGGUGGUACUCUUCAAGUUGAUCUACGUAGGCAGUUUUGAGAUUUCGCAGUUAAAUAACGUUAGUUUUUACUACAACUAAAAUUGUAUAAUAUCAGGGACUAGGCUUUGAAAUGAGCAUCUAUUAUAUCAAGUAACGUUUCGAGGCGUGAUUCUGCUUUAA